GUUAUAUUGUUAUAACAAGUGGAAUCCCGCGCGUGGCAGCGGAUUCCCCAACAAGACUGCUCUUGCCAGCUUCGCCAACCACCCAAGUGCAAACACGACACAACCUCCGCCUGGCAUGUCAUAUCCCAUAGGAAGCCGUGAGAUUGGUCCAGAAGCUCAGCCUGGUCAAGCCCGGAUUCGCAGGUCCAACGUCAGCCCCGACGUGCUUGUUACCGAACCUCAAGAGGGUAUUCACACUGUCUAUGAUAUCUUGCAACAUGCAGCACGAACGUAUCCUAAUAAGGAUGCCCUGGGCUGGAGGGAUAUUGAGAAUGUCAUCGAAGAGGAGAAAGAGGUCAUCAAGAUGGUCGCUGGAAAGACAGUCACAGAGAAGAAAACUUGGAAAUAUUUUCAACUCUCGCCGUAUAGGUACAUCACUUUUGCCGGCUUUCGUGACAAGGUUGCCACGGUCGCGAGUGGUUUGGCGUCGCUCGGCAUCGCCCCUGGUGCGGUCUUCAACGUAUAUGCUGGGACAACUGUAAAUUGGCAAUUGAUGAGUCACGCGUGCGCGUCAAUUGGUGUGACGAUCGCAACUGCAUACGAAACUCUUGGAGAGGAAGGGCUGAAACAUUCUCUGUCUGAGCCAGACUGUGUAGGGGUUUUCACAAAUCCUGAUCUUCUUCCUACACUUUCCAAGGUCAUCGAGAACACACCAACCGUCAAAACAGUCAUUUAUGAUGACAAAGCGACGCCAGCUGUUCUAGAGAGCAUAGCCAGAGCACGUCCAGAUGUCAAGGUUCUCAGUCUGGAAGAGGUCCUAAAACUUGGAUCAGAUUCUUCCAUCCCCGAUCUUGCCGCUCGUGCUCCCAAGAGAGAGGACUUGGUUUGUAUUAUGUACACCAGCGGCACGACCGGAUCCCCUAAGGGAGUGAUGCUUACACACGCGAACAUUAUAUCCGCUGUUGGUGCAGUCAUCAAACACCUCGGCCAUCGUCUUCAUUCCAACGAUUUUUUCCUCGCCUUCUUGCCCCUUGCUCACAUCCUCGAGUACGUAACAGAGCUGUCUCUGUUCUACCUUGGGAUGACCACUGGGUAUGGCAAAAUCAAAACCCUGACUGACGCCUCAGUACGCAAUUGUCAGGGAGACAUUGGCGCGUUCCGUCCAACCCUCAUGGUCGGCGUCCCUGCAGUGUGGGAAGCAAUCAGAAAGGGUGUGCUGGGUAAAGUCAACAAAUCAGGUGUCAUUUCCAAAGCAGUAUUUCAUGCUGCGUACACAUUAAAGAAGAAUAAGGUGCCUCUGCUUAGUGCAGUGGCGGAUGCAAUAGUUUUCUCCAAAGUUAGGGCACAAACUGGCGGCCGCUUGCGCCUUGCUCUGUGUGGUGGUGCCGCCCUAUCCCAUGAAACCCAGGAGUUCUUGUCUGUGUCUAUUGUCACUGUACUUCAAGGGUAUGGCAUGACUGAGUCCUGCGGCAUGUGUACUGUCCUUACUCCAGAUCAGUUUAUCUAUGGAUCUGUCGGCACGCCGAUGCCUUCGAUUGAAAUCAAGCUUGUCGAUGUUCCAGAAGCCAAUUACCUCACCUCCAAUUCACCUCAGCAAGGUGAAGUGUGGAUUCGUGGUCCCAGCGUAACUGGUGGCUACUUCAAACGAGACGAUCUCAAUAAGGACCCAAAUGUCUUUACCCCAGAUGGAUGGUUCAGGACCGGGGACGUCGGCCAGUGGAACGUAGACGGCACGCUGACAAUCAUUGAUCGGAUCAAAAAUCUCGUGAAGCUUCAAGGUGGCGAGUAUAUCGCUCUGGAAAGGUUGGAGUCGAUCUACAAAUCGUGUCAAUAUGUGGCGAAUAUUUGCGUCCACGCCGUUCCUGACGCCCGUCAACCAAUGGCUCUAGUUUUCCCACAUGAGGCAAACCUGCGUCACGCUCUUAUCACUUCCCCGCCACCUGGUUUUGCGGGUGACGCCCAACAUUCGGAUUUAUCGACCAUCUGUGCGGACAAAAGCGUUCAAAGCAUGGUCCUGAAGGAAUGCAAUGCAGUCGGGAAAAGCGCGAAUUUUAAAACUAUCGAGCUCCUGGAGGCCGUUGUGUUGACAUCAGAUGAGUGGACUCCUGAAUCAGGUUUAGUCACACCAGCGCAGAAACUACAGCGGCGCGCGCUGCACCACAAGUAUAAGGAUGAAAUAGCUGCCGCAUAUUCUGCUUGAACUUGGCGUUGGACGGGUUGGUUCACGCACGUAUCCGAAUUUAUUGGUGUUGGCCACGAGUCCCUCAAAUUGUUUGAUGCCUGAUGAGACUUGGCACACACUGUACUACUGAUGAGGUACCACUCCAAUAUUGCCGAAGUGAUUAAACAUUUGACUCUCA